AUGCUUACGAAAGGUUAGGCGAUAUCGUGAACGCCAUCAGCGACUUGAGGGCCACAACCAAAAUGCGUUCAGACAAUACCGACGGAUACUUAAGACUCAGUAAAUUGCACUUUGAUUUGGGAGAAGCGGACGAAUCACUCAAUACCAUCAGAGAGUGUCUGAAGUUAGAUCCGGAUCACAAGCCAUGCUUUAGUCACUACAAGAAAGUCAAGAAAUUGGCCGCAAAUGUGAAGGCAAUGAAUGAGUUCGCGACUGAGAAUCAGUUCAAGGAGUGCGCCGAGAAGGCCAGGGCUGCCCUCAAACAGGAGACCGAAAAUAUGAAUAUGAUUCAUGUGAUCAAAUCCAAACUCUGUCACUGUUUAACUAAAGGAGGGGAUGCGAGCGAAGCAAUUACCGUAUGUUCAGAGGCUUUGAAAAUAUAUCCGGAAGACGUGAAUGUUCUGUGCGAUAGAGCCGAUGCUCAUCUCAAUAAUGAAAAUUAUGACGAGGCACUGAAUGACUUCAAAAGAGCGGCACAAUUGGACGAACACUCGACCAGAGCUGAAGAGGGAAUAAAGAGAACUCAAAAGUUGGAAAAACAGAGCAAAAAACGAGAUUAUUAUAAGAUAUUAGGAGUUCCUCGUAAUGCCAAUAAGAAGGAGAUCUCGAAGGCAUACCGG